AUGGCUCUGCGUGAGGCAGUGGAUGCUGGGUCCAUCGCGGAACAGCUGCGCCAAGAAGCGCGCGGGACCCUGAAGAGCUUGGCAGAGUACGGCCCUGCUAUCCGUGCAUGUGGGAAACAUUCUGCUUGGCAGAGCGCUGUUUGGUUACUCUGGACGGAAGAGCAGCAGAAGUCGCCCGCUGCGCUGGCUUCCUACACUGCCUGCAUUAGUGCCUGUGGAAAGGGCUUGGCCUGGGCUGCUGCGUGGAGCCUUCUGCAGUUUAUGCUGCAACAGAGAGCCGAGCCAAAUGUGUACACGUGCAGUGCGGCGGUGAGCGCUUGCGCGCGGGGCUCUGAGUGGGGUCGGGCCUUGCACAUUUUCGACGUCCUGUGGGAAUCCGGCGUCGAGCCCAACAUCAUCUCCUUCGGCGCGGUUCUCAGCGCUUGUGAGAAAGGCCAGCAGUGGGAAGGAGCACUGGAGCUCUUGGAACGGCUCGGGCAAAGCCGGUGCCAAGCAAACAUUUUCACCUACAAUGCGGCGGUGCGUGCGACUUCCACAGCGAGGCAGUGGGAGCAUGCCAUCGUGCUCGUGAGCAACAUGCAUUCCAGAGAGGUCAGCCCCGACAAGAUCACGUACAGCUCUGCGUGCUUGGGUCUUCCCGCCGAGAGCUGGCCGAAACAGAUCCAGUUGUUGGACGCACGGCUGAGGUUGGAGGGACCCGGACCAGGCCUUGGGCGUUUGCGCCUCGAUCGCCCGCCCCUGGCACCCCGGGACUUCCUGACGAGGAUGUCACGGCUACGCUCGGGAGGCCUAGCCAGCAGACGCUUCCUCCGAGCUGCCGCACGGCCCUUGCAGAGGAGCAUUCGCGCCAACACGCUUAAGGCCACCGAUGGACUGCCGGAUGCAUUGAAGAGGGCCGGCUGCCGACUUCACUGCGUACCCUGGCUCUCCGAGGGCUUCUUCCUGGAGGGAGCUGACAAGCUCGGAGGCAUGAAGGAGCACCUCAGCGGGGCGAUGUAUUUCCAAGAGGCGACCUCCAUGCUGCCCGCCGAGGUGCUCCGAAGAGCCUGCGACCAGCUUGCACCAUUGGAGAAGAGGAACAUGCCCCUCCUGGCUUUGGACCUCUGCGCAGCGCCUGGCAGCAAGUCCACGCAGCUGCUGAGCUGGCUGGCUGAGAGGGGCGACGGCAGCUGCCUAGUCGUCAAUGAGCUAGAUGCAGAUCGAUCUCAAAAGCUGUAUGAGAAUUUGUUGAAGUCGGGGUCCACGCAAUGGCUGCAGUUGCGCGGCCUGGGGGAGGAUCUGGGCCGGGAAUUGCCGGAGGUCUUCGAUGCCGUGCUGGUGGAUGCACCCUGCUCUUGCGAGGGCAACAUCCGCAAGUCGCCCUUGUCCUUGCUGGAGGCAGACCGGGAUGAACAGGCCCGGGUUGUUGAGACGCAGCUCCGCUUGUUGCGCAGCGGGUGGCGAGCCUUGCGGCCUGGGGGCUGCCUCGUCUACUCCACCUGCACCUUCAACUACCACGAGAACGAAGGACUCUGCCUCAGCUUUUUGCGGGGCGGCCUGGGCCUCGGCUCCAAAGCUCCUCACUGCGUGGAUGCAGCAGCCCUGCUAUCGCUUCCAGCUGCGGUCGUCUCAGAGGUUCGUGCACGAGCUGAGGGCAAUGGAGCAAUGGAGGAGGAGCUUGGCGCAUUGCGUAUUUUCCCAGAAACCUUCGAUGCAGAGGGGUUCUAUGUCUGCUGCUUUCAGAAGAGGCUGGACAAAGAGGAGCUGGUGCAGGACGUUCCUGCAAGCUCGUGGUCUACUGCUGCAUUUGCAGCUCGCUUCGACCUGGAGAGGCUGUCGAAGGCAGACGGGCGAGCUGUAGAAGAGAAGGCUCGAGCAGAAUUGGGCUUCUGGCCCCCUUUGUGCACGCCCCAUGAGGUGCCCACUCUGUGGCGCAGCACUUCCGGUGGAGUGUGGAUGCUCCCUCAACUUCCUGCAUCCCUGAACCCGGCCCUGUCUCGGGCUGCCCGGCCGGGCAUCUUUCUGGGGGGAGAGGUCGAAUCCGAAAUCGAGUUGUCGAGGGACUUCCUCUUGCUGGCAGGGCAGCGUGCCGCCGUAGCAGCGGCCAAGAUGUCCACGCAAGAGAUGCCGGUUCGCGGCAACCAUCAACCCCACACAACCCACCACAACGCGACACAUGUUGCCAUGGCAGCUCCAGGCCCGCAAGCCACCAGCAGGAAGCAGCCGGACCUUCGUGGCGUGACAAAGCGCAUUCGCGAAGCGGCGCAGUGGACGGAUAGCCUUGAGCUACUCCGCCAAGCUACAGCGGGCACUUUGGGCCCUGAUGUCGUUGCUGUGGGUGCAGCCAUCACAGCCUGUAGCAAGGCUUUGGAGUGGCGUGCAGCUGCCCAGCUCAUGUUCCAUCUGGAUACUGAGCAGCUGCAGCCGAAUGGAUUCGUCUAUAGCGCAGCCAUCCGCGCCUGCGGACUUCCCGAGGCGUGGUCCCACUCGUUGGAGCUACUCCGGGACAUGCUCCAGCGACGCCUGGAGCCUGAUGCUAUCUGCUACAGCGCAGUCGCCAGCGCUUGCGUAAAAUGCAGCUCUUGGGCCCCUGCGCUGUCACUGCUAUGUGCCGCCAUUGUGCACCAAGGGUUGGGGCUCGUGCUCGCGAAUGCAAUGCUUGGGGCCCUGGAAUUGCCCGGGCUUUGGGAUAGCUCCAGCCGUCUCCUGGAGGAGAUGCAGGCGAGCUUCGUUCUGCCCGACGUCAUCUCCUACAGUGUGGCCAUCAGCACAUGUGAGAGAGCAGCUGAGUGGUGCACGGCGUUGGAGUUGCUUCGAAGCAUGGAGCAGCAGAGCGUGAGCUCCAACAUAAUUUCAUGCACGUCCUUGAUCAGUGCUUGUGCCUCCGGGGGAGCUUGGCAGCAAGCACUGUGCCUCUUUGCAGCUCUGCCGGGACGGUCACUGAGUGCCAAUCUCGUCACAUACGGAGCGACCAUCUCCGCAUGUGCACGAGCGGUGCAGUGGCAGCGAGCUGUGACGCUGAUGGAGCAGUUUUUCGAGGGGCCGAGGAUGCAGCAAGCAUCCAGCACGAUGCUCAAUGCCGUCAUCUACGCCUGUGCCCGCGGUGCGGAGUGGCGACCUGCCCUGGCUUGGCUUCGGCAGAUGGCCGACCAGGAACUGCAGCCAGAUGUGAUCAGUUUCAAUUCCUGCAUCUUUGCGUUCGAGGAUGUGCUGAGUGAGGAUGAUGCGCGAUUCGGCAUUGUCCGGGAGCUGGUGGACGAGUGUAACCCUGUGACCCUCAUGCGUCUGAGUUUGCGAGACCGCUGGCCCAGGAAGCUAGCUCUCGGCUCGACUGGAUCCCGGCGGCUGCGGCGAAAGCCGCCGCCGUUCUCAAAUGUCGAAAGGAUGUCUACAACCUUUAUAUGCGAGGUGUCGGGCUUGGUUCGUGUUGUGCGGAUGCGUUUGUUUGAAGUCACAUGCAAAGCAUUGAUGGUGUAG